CUGUCAUAUUACAAUUGACAUUUGUUGAACUAAAAUUAUUACGGUGAAGACAGAGUUUGUUACCAAACUUAAUUAAUUUCGAUAUUAUUUGUUUAUCGAACGUUUAUGUAAUUCCUUCAUUAUCAAAAAAUAAGAUGUUGCUUGUAAUAUAAUAGCGUUAAUUCAAGGUUUUAAUGUUUACAUAAUUUUUGGGGUGUGUAUGCUCUGUCAGUGAUAUUGAUUUGUUUUAUUUUGUGAAUGAUUGUUAAACAAAAAUGUAGGUAAUAUCUAUUUAAAUAUAAAAAAAACCGGAAAUGCAUAAGAAGGGCAUUUUGUUAUAAUGCAUUCAUAAUGAAAACGAAAAGCUUUCUACUGUUUUCGACGUCAGUUUUCGCAAUAAGUUUAUUUUUGAUAAUUUUUCACUCCCAGCCACCGCAGUCAUUUCAAAGUAUUGUUACACAAACGCAUCAGCACAUCAAAGAUUUUCAGCAGGUUUCUCUGACCCAGGAGCAACUGCGAGAUGAAGAAGAGCAGCAUCUGGUGCAGGAGGAGAGAUACCUCCGCCUCGUGGGGCUGGAGGGGCAUACAGAUCUCUGGCACAACACUACAGUGCCGGUCAUUGUCACUCAUGCACGAAACGAUGACCAUGCCAAUGUUGUUUCCUUUGUGCGGGAUGCAGCUCAGCUCCCAUACACAGUUCUCGUAUAUAACCUAGGAUUAAAACCAUAUUCUCUGGCUGUGGUGUCAAACUAUUGCAACUCAUCAAAGUGUGCCAUCAUUGAUUUCGACCUGCAGCUGUUCCCCUCACACGUCAGCGAUGAGAGUAUCACUGCAUAUCGCCCGCUUAUUAUCCAGCACGCGCUGAGCCGCACGGGCGGCGUGAUCUACUGCGAGGUGUCCCAGCGCUGGGCGGGCACCGCGGGCGCGCUGGCGGCGCUGUGGGCGCGCGUGUCGGGCGAGGGCGCGCUGGGCGUGCUGGCGUGGCCGCGCCGGGCCGCCGUCACGUCGCUGACGCACCCGCGCAUGUUCCACUACCUGCGCGCCAGCACCGACGACUUCCUCUUCGUGCAGAUGCUCGACGUGAGCCACCUGCUCGUGGCGCCGAGGCCCGCGCUGGCCGACGUCAUGCGGCAGUGGAUCCAGUGCGCGCUCACGCUCGACUGCAUCAUGCCCAUAGGCGCGCAGUCGGGGGGGUGCCGCUUCGACAAGAAGCCUCAGUACCGGUACUCGGGCUGCCACGGCCAGGACGCGUCGGCACUCAGCAUCGUGCUGGGCGCGCGCGCCGCCUUCGACGAGUCGCGCUACGCCGCCUCGGCCGCGCGCUGCUGGCGCCGCGCGCCGCGCAACCGCACGGCCGACUGACGCCUGUCGCCGGUCGCCUGUCGCCCGCUCCGUGCCCGACGAGACGGAUCGGGACACCGCUGGCCAGCUCGUAUCCGCGCCCUUUACCCGACGUUGUCCAGUAGCGUCCGGCUACCUCCGUAGGGUCAUAAAUUCCGAGAGGCAAUUGCCUCGAAGACACGGUGACGGUCGCGCCGAGAGCCGCCGCCGCGAGUGCUGAGUGAUUUGUUUUGAUGAAUUUACAGUUGGCAUUCCCAAUUACAGGUAACUUUACAUUUUUUUAUAAAUUAUACCUUUUCUUAUGUUAUUGAGUGGUUUAAUAAUGACACAUUCGGCGCGUGUGACGAAUGUAUUUAAUGUAACUCUACGCUUUACGAGCAUUUCAGUGAUCUAAAACAGUGAUUAUUUUUAUGUUGACAUUAAUGUAUUUGUAUAUAUGAACAUGCUGUGGAUACUAACACUUCCUUUGGUUGACCGUUGAACGGCUGUCGGUUGUGAUUUAAAUAUUGCUUUUGUUGUUAAUUUUAGUGAAUUACCACACAUAUCUGUUUAUAAGUUCGUACGGAGCGGCGGCGACCCAGGACGACGUGGUUCGCGCCAGACCGCGGCGACUGGGUUAGCACUCCAUGUAAUAUGUUAAUCAUUCUUUUGUAAAUUGUAAAUAUAUAUUAGCACUUGUAGUUAUUUAUUUGUACAAUAAAAAUCAUAACAACCUAUAUACCACUGAUAUGUUAUAGAGCACGUGUCAUCAAUUUUACAAGCUUAUGUAUUGUGUUCAAUUUAUAAUAUUAAGUACUAUAAAUAUGUAAAAUUUACAUACAAUUUAAGUACUUAAUAUCGAUUAUAUAAUGUAAGUACCGAGCGUACAAAACGCCUGUACAGUUAGCAAGGGCUUGAACUCGCGCUCACGACAGCGAUCAAGCGACGCGACGCCCAAGGCCAAGUCUCGACGCGACCUCGAGUCGAGACGGGAGACCCGCGGCGCUCAUACAACCUCUCUUUGAGCCCGAUUCGAGCUGUGGGCCCGUUGAACAUCAGAGAGGUUGCUAAUCAAUUAAAUGUUCAGGAUUUCAUUAUUAUAGUGGUGGAUUAUAAUUGAGUACCCAUUGAAUAUUAAUGUUAUUAUAAAAUUGAAAAUGCACAACCAUUCAUACAAAUUCAAUGGAUUGAACGCAUCUAAAGGUCGGCUGUCUGUGUGUGACUCAUCACACAAAUACUUGUAUUGCUUCUAUACGCUACUGCCGUUCUCCUUACUUCAUAUUUUUGUAAAGAUCGCUUAAAACGCAUGUAUCGUUGUUUUAUCUCAGUUACAAUUUACAAUUUAGGUAACUAUUACUACUAAUUUACUAAUUUCGUCAAAGUUAUUUAAAAGUAGCGGUUUUACUGAUAUGUGUAUGGCAGUAUAAGUACACGCCGAUUUCUUUCUUUCUGUGAUCAGUGAGCUGACACUCGGAAGAAGAACACAAAGCAUAGUGUGGUUAUAGGUUAUACGAUAAUUAUUAGUGAGGCGGUAGAUGUAACGUCGACGUAUUUUAACGUAGGUAGGUUGCCUAUUUAAAGGCAAUUAGCAAUCUUAUCAGCAAUAUUUUUGUAACUAAUAUAUAUUGACAAAACAAACCGAUAAUAUACGACAAUGUGUUGCCCUGAUCAAAAAUCUUUCUAAGAUAAUUUGUUAUAGGAUAAUAAGAGCCUCAAACCACUAGGUGGUGUUGCCCUGAAAUUAAUCGCCUCUCAUAACAUUUGUUUCAAUAAGUCAGUUUAUUCAAAUUCGUGGCAGGUAACGUGACGUAAUCGGUGUCGAUUACAAAAUAAUAAUCAAUGUUUAAGGGAGAAAUUUUUUAAGUGCUCUAAGAACAAUUUUAUAAAGAAUAGUAAAAAUAUAAUAUUAAAAUGUAUAAGUUUCUAGUUGUAGGUGACCGUUUAUAUCUCGAAUGCACAGCGCCAUUGGCGUAGCCAGCCCUUAGAUCCGAUGGGGGUCUCAGAAGUCCAUACUGAUAAGUGAAAUUGAGAACAUUUGGCUUGUUUACAAUAUUGGUUAAUUUUGCAAUAUUAAUAUAAACUACUGUAAUUUUGAUAACUAAAUAAUUGAAAUUACUAAACUAAUUUUGAUAUAAUAUUUCUAUCUCAGUAAUGACCUCCAGGGCCAGGCUACGCUUAGCAUAGUAUUCGUUCAGCGGUUAAUUAACAUUCGGUAUGAAGUGACGUCGAAGUACACAUUAGUAACGUAAAGGAUCUCAUAUUAGUAUAAACUAAGGAGGGAGUAUAUAAUUAUUGUAAAAUUAUAUUCCCUUAUAAAAGUUGUAAACGACUUUUAGCAGACAUUAUACUAUAAGAUAAAAUAAAUCGAAUGUUUGAUUUGUGGGUUCCGUUGUGAAAUUUUCUUAAAAAUAUUAAGAAAAUCUUUUAUUUUAUUACAAAAAUAUCUUAAUGUAUGGAAGUACUGUGGCAGUGACGGUAUUAAGAGUAUUGUGCAAUUUUGGCUGUGAAAUAUAAUUGAAUACAAAAUUUGUAAUAUUGUGUUAAUAUGAUAAUUGAUUUGUAAAUAAAGACGUAUGGAACCCUCAAUUAUAUUCUAAACGAAUAGUGCUUGUUUAAUUUUACUCCACAAAUUCAGAUUAUUUUCCAAUAAACCGUAAAUAAAUAUCUCAACUCACUUAAUUUAUUAAUAGUACAAUCGGUUUUUAAAUGUUUUGUAACAAAAUAAUAUUGUCAACAAAUUCGAUUCGAAAUGUCAACAUUAUGUAAUUAGAGCGAUGAAUGCGAUUUAUCAAAAAUAUGUAACACUUUGUUUCUGUGAAUAAAUUAUUAUGGCAAUCGAA